AUGUCUUCCCCUACUUCAGUUUUGCAAACUGGACGUAGACGCACCAAGGAGGACCAAUCUUACAGUGGUCCUCCAAGGAUGGGUCCUGUUCGGCAUAUUAGUCCAGCCUCACUAAAUCUUGAAUCUCUCUAUGAACAGAAUCGUGCUGCCCUUCAAAAGAAGGAUGCUACCAAGGUAGUUGAUCCAGCUCCUGGUAUUGCUGCCAAGGGCAAACCUAGAUUGUUGUUGAUGGGUCAAAGAAGAUCUGGAAAGUCCUCAAUCUCAAGUGUUGUAUUCCAUAAAAUGCCUCCUAAUGAAACUCUCUUUCUCGAAUCGACCGCAAGAAUUCAAAAGGAUUCAAUGCACUCUUUCAUGGAUUUCCAAGUUUGGGAUUUUCCUGGCCAAGUCGAUUUUCUUGAUGCUCAAUUUGACCUCGAUGCCAUAUUUGGUGAAAUUGGUGCUCUGAUUUGGGUUAUCGAUGCUCAAGAUGAUUACCUCGAAGCUAUUACGCGCCUCAAUAGUACAAUCCUCAACCUUCAACCUACCUACCAAAAUAUCAACGUCGAAGUUUUCAUCCAUAAAGUUGACGGUCUAUCUGAUGAUUACAUGCUUGAUAUUCAACGUGAUAUCAUGCAACGAAUUCAAGAUGAGCUAUCCGAUCACGGCAUCGAAAAUGCUCCUAUCAGUUUUCAUCUCACCUCUAUCUACAACCAUUCCAUUUUUGAAGCUUUCAGCAAAGUCAUUCAAAAGUUAAUUCCUCACCUCGCCACUCUCGAAGCUCUCCUCAAUGAUCUCUGCCGCAAUUGUCGUUUCGAAAAAGCCUAUCUCUUCGAUGUCCUCUCCAAAAUCUACAUCGCCACCGAUUCCUCUCCCGUCGAUAUGCCCUCGUACGAAAUUUGUAGCGACUAUAUCGACGUCAUCGUCGACGUGUCCGAAAUCUACGGUUACCAGCGUGCUCCAGAAUAUAUCGCCAAACUCGAAGGACCACCUUGGAGUAAAAAACUUGAGGAUCAAGUCGCGUGCAAUGAUGCUGAGAGCGUCAUGGUCCUUACGGCAGAUAAGAGACCGAUCAUGUUGAGGGAAGUUAAUAAAUAUUUGGCUCUGGUUGCUAUUAUGAAGGAGGGUAGUUAUGAGAAAAUGCCGUUGGUUACUAUGAAUGUGGAAACGGUGGUGGAGGGUUUGACAAAGGUUUUUGAAAUUACGAGACAGAAGAAGUGA